UAAAUGGGGACUAUGUUCAGCUCUCAGUCACUGGAUCAGAUUCGGAUCGACGAGCACUGAGUUUCACGCCAUCGUGGGUCUUUCUAACAUCGACAUCAUGAGUCCUACAACACAAGCUCUGCUGAUCUGCGUGGUUUUCCUCUGCGGGCUGGCGGACGCGGUGCUCGCUCUGCACGGACACUGCGCCGACAAUCGGUGUUUUGUGCUUUUACGCGAAUCCCAGGACUUUCCGGGGGCUCGGACAAGCUGCAGGGACACGGAGGGACAGCUGCUCGCGAUCAGCUCUGAACAAGCGGAGGAGACAUUAGCGGGUCCACUGAGCGGACAUAGCGGGAGUUUCUGGCUGGAGCUGCAGGGCACCGGCAGGAAGCCAGAGGAAGCCCCGGCAGAUCUUGGAAACUGCUCCUCCGUCUCCGUGUCGGGGAAAGGGAACAUCCUGGUGUCCGGGAAGCGGUGUCGCAACGUGCUGGACGGGUUUCUGUGCCAGUACACUUUCCAGGAGCCUUGCAGUCGCAUCAAGCCGGACGGGGGCGCACAGGUGAGGUAUACCACCCACAUGGGGUUCGACGUCAACGAGUCUGAAGUGUUUCCACCAGCAACCACCGCUGUGGCGGACAAGGUCGGUGGGAAACAUCUGGACUCGAAACAUCUGUGUUUCUCUGGGGGGUGGAUGCGCGCUCCCUGGAGCUGUGAGGUGUUCAAGGGCGGGUGCGAGCACAGCUGCAACCAAACAACACGCACCUGCACCUGCCCCGAGGGACGAGCCCUCCACCCCAACGGCAUCACCUGCGCCCAGGUCCCGUCGGAUGUCUCUCCUCUACCCGUCCUCUCCUGCCCCGGGGGCCACAAGCCGGCGCAGGACGGGAGAAGCUGCGUGGACGUGGACGAGUGCACGGAGGGGGGGGAGGACCCGUGCACAGCCGAGGGCCAGGAGUGUGUGAACACAGAUCGAGGGUUCGAGUGCAGGUGCAGAGGCGGCUUCGACAUGGAGGACGGGGCGUGCGUAGACGUGGCGAUCUGCUCGAAGUGCGAGCACAUGCGGUGCGUGAAGCCCACCGGGGUGUACGAGUGUGCGUGCAGGAAAGGGUUCCGGGUGUCAGACCAGGACACCACCAAGUGCGAGCGACACUGCACCGAGAGGGACUGCGAGGCCGUGUGCACGGAGGUCGGGGAUGUGCAGGACCCGGAGAUGCGACACUGCGAGUGCCCCGAGGGCUACAUCCGAGACGGCGGGGUCCUCUGCACGGACAUCAAUGAGUGUGACACGGAAGGGCAGUGUGACCACAAGUGUGACAACGUGUUCGGUGGAUUCAGGUGUUCGUGCUACGAGGGCUUCAGGCUGCAGGGGGACUCCACGUGUGUGCCAACCGAGGAGGUGGAGGGUGAGUCAGGCGAUCUUCCUCCAAGCCUCAUACCGGCCACGGCUCACCCGGCCGCGGUGCCCUCUUACAUCCGGACCGGCAGCGUCCUGGGCAUCACCGUGUUCAUGGCACUGUGCGCGGCGCUGCUGUGCCUGCUGGUGCACACCGUGGUGAAACGCUGCGGCAGGUUCGAGCUCUCCUCCUUCAGACGACCGGACAUAGAUGUCUUCUACCUGCAGCAGGUGACCACGGAUACCUACAAGAGGCUGUCCUUCGACAAACAGUUCAAAAGUGACGUGCAAAGACUGUGAUCUGG